CAGCCCCCCCUAUACCAAACCGGCCUGGCUCGAGCUCAACAGUGGCAGGGAAGCACCGCGCGCCCGUGUCUGGUGAGAAGCUUAUACACUCACCGUGGAGCGUUUCGCCCCCUAAGAACUCCACACGUUGACUUUUAUCCUGCUGCGGUAUUUUUAUUUUUUACACGGAAGUCCACGGUGUUUUCCCCACACAUCCUCUGCGGUACUUGUGGAAGCUAACGGCGGAUACUGGCUAGGCACAAUAGACGCUAGCCGAUGGAGGCUAGCCGUAACUAGCUCGUUAACAACACACACCGGCGAGGAGCGACUAAGUAUCCCCAUGGACACCGCGAUGAACGUCUCCUGACUCAUUCCGCUCCACACUGUCACCACUCCCGCCUCCCCGCUGGUGGUGCCUCUCUCGACGCCGCCUGACAAGCGUUUUAUUUUCGGUGCUGAGACACCAGGAUGGUGGCGGUGGUAGCUAACUUCGUGGGAAACAGUCCGACUCAAGUGAGACCAUAUUUGUCUUUUUAUGUUCUGUUCAUAUAAAACCCCCAGAGGGACGACGACAAUAUUUCUCCUGACAUUGGCCGGGGGAUUAUUUUUUAAUUGGAUUCCGGCCUGCUGGUUUGAGAACGAAGCAACCCCCGCUAACCAUCCUCCAUUCAGCCGCCUAAGCACGCAUCGCCCUCCGAUGCGGAGCCUCCAGUGACACCCACCCGGGGGACCCCCCUCCCUUCCUCCCUCCCCGACAUGCUCAAGUGUAUCCCGCUGUGGCGAUGCAACCGCCACGUCGAGUCGGUGGACAAGCGGCACUGCAACCUGCAGGCGGUCCCCGACGAGGUGUUCCGAUACAGCCGCAGUUUGGAAGAGCUCUUGCUGGAUGCCAAUCAACUCAAGAAACUCCCCAAGCCUUUCUUCCGACUACUGAACCUCCGGAAACUGGGCCUGAGCGACAAUGAGAUCCAGAGACUGCCCCCUGAAGUGGCCAACUUCAUGCAGCUGGUGGAGCUGGACAUAUCCAGAAAUGACAUUCCCGAGAUCCCCGAGAGCAUUAAGUUUUGCCGGGCCUUGGAGAUCGCCGACUUCAGCGGAAACCCCCUCUCCAGAUUGCCCGACGGUUUCACUCAGCUGCGAGCGCUGGCUCACUUGGCGCUCAACGAGGUGUCGUUGCAGACUCUGCCCGGCGACAUCGGAAAUCUGGCCAACUUGGUGACGCUGGAGCUCCGGGAGAACCUGCUCAAGUGUCUGCCCACGUCUUUGUCCUUCCUGGUGAAACUGGAACAGCUGGACCUGGGCAGCAACGAACUGGAAGUGUUGCCGGACACACUCGGCGCACUGCCCAACCUGAGGGAGCUUUGGCUGGACCGCAACCAGUUGUCCUCCUUACCGCCGGAGCUAGGGAAUCUCCGGAGACUGGUGUGUCUGGAUGUGUCUGAGAAUCGCCUGGAGGAGCUUCCCUCCGAGCUUGACGGUCUCCUGGCGCUCACAGACCUGCUGCUCACGCAAAACCUGCUGGAGGUGGUUCCGGACUCCAUAGGUUGUCUGAAGCAGCUGUCCAUCCUCAAGGUGGACCAGAACAGACUGACCCACCUGACCGAUUCCAUCGGAGAGUGUGAAAACCUGACCGAGCUGGUCCUGACCGAGAACCUCCUCCAGACGCUUCCUCGAUCGCUGGGCAAGCUGAAGAAGCUGACCAAUUUGAAUGUGGACCGCAACCGCCUGGGCGCCGUGCCCAAGGAGUUGGGUGGCUGCGCCAGCCUCAACGUGCUGUCGCUGCGGGACAACCGCCUGGCCAAGCUGCCCGCCGAGCUUGCCGACGCCACGGAGCUGCACGUGUUGGACGUGGCCGGGAACAGAUUACAAAACCUGCCUUUUGCCUUGACGAACCUCAAUCUGAAGGCCAUGUGGCUGGCGGAGAACCAAUCGCAGCCGAUGCUCAAGUUCCAAACUGAGGAUGACGAGUGCACGGGCGAGAAAGUGUUGACCUGCUACCUGUUGCCUCAGCAGCCUUCCCCAAGCCUUGAGAACCUGCUGCAGCACAACUUGCUGUGGGUUUGCCAGGGCCUUCAACGUCGAGCCACACCUCAUCCCAGCGAGCUAAAGGUGAUGAAAAAAGUGAUCGAGGACCGACGGAACGAAGUGUUCACGUCCAGGCCCGAGGGAGAAGAUCAUUCCUCAGAUGUGCCGGAGAAACGGCUCAGCGACCUUUCAAAUCAGAGCCACGACUCGCAGGUGUCUGACAGCACGCUGUCGGCCGCCUCCCACGAGGAAAGGCGAGAAGUUGCCGUGCCCUCCCAGGACCUCGUGGACGGCCACUCCCAUCACGAGGAGGAGGACCUGGAUGAGAUGGAGGUGGAGUACAUUGAGCCCACCGUGCACUUUGCCGAGGAGCCCAUCAUCCGCAGCGGGGACGAUGACGACGUCGAGGAAGACGGCAAGAGGAGCGAAGGGGACGAGGACGAGGACGACAGGCCCCCCUUCCCUGCCGAGAGGCAGCGGCUCAUCCGGAAGGACACGCCACACUACAAGAAGCACUUCAAGAUCACCAAACUGCCCAAACCCGAGACGGUGGCGGCCCUGCUGCAGGGUUUCAACCCCGACGUCCUCGGCUCGCCCACCGAGGACAAGCUGGACGGGCGUGAGGAGGAGGAGGAGGACGACGAGGACGAUGGCGUUGGCACCCCUCUGUUGCGUCGCAGGAUGGAGAUGUCGGAGCUGGAAAACAGUCGAUACCACGUCAACUCCAGUCAAGUCAAGCACACUUUAACCAUCCUGCGGCAAACGGGCGGCCUCGGCAUCAGCAUUGCUGGCGGGAAAGGGUCCACGCCGUACAAGGGGGACGACGAGGGGAUUUUCAUCUCCAGAGUUUCUGAAGACGGUCCGGCUGCCAGAGCAGGAGUGAAAGUGGGAGACAAACUGCUUGAGGUGAACGGCGUCGACCUCUACGAGGCCGAGCACCACGCAGCCGUGGAGGCCUUGCGCGGCUCCGGGGCCGCCGUCUCCAUGACGGUGCUUCGCGAGCGCAUGGUGGAGCCGGAGAACGCCAUCACGACCACGCCGCUCAGGCCCGAGGACGACUACUUCCCGCGGGAGAGGCGCAGCAGCAGCAGCGGGCUGGUCUUCGAGGCCGGCCACGGACAGGGGGGCGGGUUAGGACCCCUGCAGCGCCUCUCCGCCUGCCUGGUGCGCAACGACAGGGGGCUGGGCUUCAGCAUCGCUGGAGGGAAGGGGUCCACGCCGUACCGUACCGGGGACACGGGGAUCUACAUCUCUCGCAUUGCAGAGGGGGGAGCAGCCCACCGAGACAGCACGCUACGGAUUGGCGACAGGGUCAUCUCUAUCAAUGGUGUAGACAUGACAGAGGCCAGACAUGACCAGGCAGUAGCGCUCCUUACCGGCACCUCCCCCACCAUCGCCCUCCUGGUGGAGCGAGACCCCAAUGCCCCGCGCUCACCGGGCCAGUCCCGGCAGCGGGCCCACUCCCCACCGCCCCCGGAGCCCUCGGACUCUCCGGACCAAGACGAAGAGGGCCUGCAGGGGAACCACCUCGGUCGGUUGGAGGAUGAGUACCCCAUUGAGGAAGUGACGCUGGUCAAGUCAGGCGGUCCUCUCGGCCUGAGCAUCGUCGGGGGCAGCGACCACGCCAGCCACCCGUUCGGCAUCAACGAACCCGGGGUGUUCAUCUCAAAGGUGAUCCCUCACGGUUUGGCGUGCGAAAGCGGGUUGCGCGUGGGCGACCGCAUCCUGGAGGUGAACGCCAUCGACCUGCGCCACGCGACGCACCAGGAGGCCGUGCGGGCGCUGCUGGCCAACAAGCAGGAGAUUCGGAUGCUGGUGCGCAGAGAUCCCUCACCGCCCGGGAUGCAGGAAAUUGUGAUCCAUAAGCAGCCAGGGGAGAAAUUGGGGAUCAGUAUACGUGGAGGAGCUAAAGGCCACGCAGGAAAUCCGUUUGACUCAACUGAUGAGGGCAUCUUCAUAUCCAAGGUGAGCUCAAGUGGCGCGGCCGCCCGGGACAGCCGGCUGCAGGUGGGCAUGCGAAUCCUGGAGGUGAACAACCACAGCCUGCUGGGCAUGACGCACACGGAGGCCGUGCGAGUCUUGCGGGCCGUGGGUGAUUCCCUGGUCAUGCUGGUGUGCGAUGGCUUCGACCCUCGCAAAGUGCCCGCGGCGGAGGCGAGUCCUCACCAGGAGCCCAAUGCGUCUCCCGGCAUCAUCGCCAACCCUUUCGCAUCAGGCAUUGUCCGGAAGAAUAGUAUGGAGAGCAUCUCUUCGAUAGACCGAGACCUGAGCCCCGAGGAGAUGGACAUCAUACAAAAGGAGUCCGAGAUGGUGAGGGAGACGUCGCAGUGGGAGAAGGAAGAGAUGGAGAAAGUGGAGCGUAUGCGCUUGGAGCGAGAAGAGGCAACUCGCCUGCUUGAAGAGGAGACCGAGAACAUCGGCGCCGGACCUUUAAAACUGGACUACAAAACCCUGGCGGCGCUCCCCACCACCAGCCUGCAGAAGAUCAACAGGUUCUCUCCUUCUCUAAGUCCACCCAUCCCCAUGGAGGUCCCUCUGCAAGCCCAGUACGGCGCCCCGUUAGAGCCCCUGGGCUUCACCUUAAGCCCCCCCGCAAAGCCCGAAGCGGACGCGGCAUCCUCCCCGAGUUUGUUCUCCUCCAAAGAAGACAGCCUCAGCUCGACGGCAACUCUCAAUUUAUCCGAGGAAAGUGAAGAGUCUCUGGUGGACUCGCAGCCCAUCUGCUUCAAAGAGAACCCCUUUUUAGUGGCCAACCGCAAAGGUAAGGGUCUGCCGCCCGGCCAGCAGAUCCUUUCUGGACCACCGGUGGGCUACGGGAAGCAGGGCCAACUUCAGCCUUGGCUCUUCAGCAAGACUCCUUCAUCAGAUUACGCCAGGACCGAAAGUCCAAUCAGAGAAGCCUCCUACUCGCCGACCAUCCAGCCGACCAGCCACCACUCUUCCAACGGCUCCCUGUGCUCUGGCAGGGAGACCCGCUUCGCAAGCAUUCAUUUCACCUCCACCCCCAACACCAAGGACCACACGUCAUCCUCUACACGACCGGGCGCCAUCCUGCCUGUUGGGCGCGUGCGAGCGAGCACCUCCCCGGCCACUCCGGACGGCCUCAGCUCCAGCCCCUUCCAGCAUGGCCCCUCUCCCUUCAACUCUCAGACCUCUCCUCGCGCCCCCUCCCCCACCUCGCACUACGAGUUGCCCAUGAACGCCAAGCAGUCGUACAAGGCGUUUGCCGCCGUGCCUCGCUCGCUGGCGGCGCUGGAGCCGGAGCAGGACUUGUAUGGCGUGAGGAACAAUUUCCAUUCCAAGCAGCCUUCUCCAAAUCCUGAGUCGAACAACGACGUGUUUUACGACGGCACGGAAUCUCAGGAGGGGGCCGGCGGGGCGUCAGCCCGCCCCACCCUCUUGUCUGACCGUUGGGAGUAUACCAAUAUGGCCGCCGUGCCUCGCAUCUCCAGGCCGUCCCUGGACCCGCAGAAUCCGUCGCCCGGUGGCAGGGACAGCCCUGAGCAGCGUUCCUUCCGGGACCGGCAGAAGUACUUUGAGAUCGACGUGAAGCAGCAGACGCCCGACAAGCCCAAACCUCGCGUGUCGCUGGUCGGCGAAGACGACCUUAAGAAGAUGAGGGAGGAAGAAGAGCGCAAGUUUGAGCAGCGGGCACGUGAGUACCUGCUGGACGAAGAGGACGAGGACGACGAGGAGGACUUGGCCAAGCAUGUGGCCCAGAUGAAGGUGACGGGCAAGGUGCUGCUGGACGGAGUGGAGUACGACGUGGAGCCCGUGUCCACGCCGUCGCAGCCGUGCGCCGUGCCGCCGAACUACUGCGGGGGCUCACGUCCUUCGCCAGUGGACGGUAAAGGAGACAUGGCGAGGAAUUCGUUGGAUGACAGCUUCACACUGGAGCAGCGGCCCAAUUCCAUGACUGGUUUGCUCCCCGUUUAUGCCGGCGACACGGCGGCUCCCAUUCGCACAGCCAAGGCCGAGCGCCGGCACCAGGAGAGGCUCCGAAUGCAGAGUCCGGAGCUGGCCGUGGCCCUGGACAAGGAUCUCUCCCCCGCCGAGAAGCGAGCCCUGGAGGCUGAGAAGAGAGCCAUGUGGAGAGCGGCACGGCCUUUAGGCUUGGAGGACGAUGUUAGGCAGUAUGAGCAGGACCUGGCUAAGAGGCUCUACCAAGCUCGAGUGAGGGCCUCUCACGGCACGGCAGCCGCUGUCUCCAAUGCUUCUUCCUCUGCUGCCUCCCAGCUCAGGAUGAAGUCUCUGGAGCAGGACGCCCUCAAAGCUCAGAUGGUCAUCGCCAAGUCGCGGGACGGGAGGAAACGAAGUACCCUGGACCAGCUGGCCGAGUCGCCUUCGCCGGCGCCCACGCCCUCGCCGGCGCCCACGCCCUCUCCCACCCCGAUGGAAGAGCUCAUCAGUCCUCGAGGACUAACCUCCCCUGGCAGACUGUCCCUGUCGUCAAAGAGGUUUGACUACCGCCAGUUUGCUGCCAUUCCCUCUUCCAAACCGGUAUACGACAUUCAGUCUCCUGUCGCCGUGGACGACUUGCAGUUCAUCGACGACGGCUCGCUACAUCCGGGUCCCGCCACCGGCACGGAGGCCGAGAUGCUGGUGCCCGCCACCUCAGCCCUAGAGGAGAUGGCGCUGUAUAGCAACAAGCGCAAGCUGCGACAAGGGCGCCGCAGUUUGGAGACGGCCAUGCCCACGUAACACUUCACGUCAUGAAACACUACACAAGAAGAAGAAUCCAUUUCCAAGAGACCAGGAUAGCGGUCCCUCAUAUCCAGCUUUGCCUUCAGUCGCCAUGGAGACCACGUUUCCUCCACACUUCCUCCUGCCCGGCUAACGUUCUUUUUUUUUUUUUUGUGUGUGUGUGUUUUUAGCUUCUAUUUUUUAUUAUUUUUUAUUUUUAUUAACAUCCCAAAGACAAACAAAAAAAAAGAAGUCCUAGCUGUAACAUGUGGAAAAAUAUUUUGACUAGAUUGUAAAAUGUUUUUGGAGUGUAAAUAAUAGUAGACGACAUCCUGCUACCUUCACACACACACAUACACACACACACAGACAAAAAAAGAGGGAAAAAAAGCAUAUCAUGUAUCAUUGUUGCACUGCCACGCAAAUUUUUAAACAAGUAAUUUAUUUUUUGUAAUCAUUUUACGCCCAAUUGAGGUUAUUUGAUGUAUACGGCAAAAUGAGUCAUGCAUAUCUACACUACUCACAAAUCUGUGGGGAUAUUGAGCUUUUGGGUAAAAUCUGAAGAUCAACCUAAAACGCACUUUAACAGUGGCUCUACAAUUUUUUUCACACCAAGUGCCACCUAAAAAAAAAAUUAUUUCUCCAAGUACCACAAUCUUGACUGACAUUAAAGUACAGUAGUGUAGUAGACAUAAAUGUUUAAAAAAAAGACACACACACAGACGUUAUAUGCCUUGAAAAUCACUGCCAUCUGGCGGAAUCCUUGCAUCUCCAAUCCCACAAAAUUUUCUGGAAAUUAAAAAGAUUUUUUUUCUUUUAAAUGAACGUUUUAUCAUUAUACAUUAUUCUGCAUGUUUGAACAUGAACAUUGUUCUUAAGCAUACAGGAACAAAAAAAAAACUACUUAAAUAAUGACUUGAUUAGCAUAGAAUGUUUUAAUGACAUUUUACCUGAAUUUUAAAAAAUAUUAUCUGCAAGUGGCCACCGUGACUGAGAGAGUCAUAGAAAGUAAAGACGUGCGUUGAAAUUUUCACGGAUCAUACACCCGUUGUGAAUUUUUGCCGUUUGGUGUGCUCAGUGUCCAAUAUCCCGAUUUUCUUUCUGUGGUCAUAUGGGAGACACGAAAACGUUAGUCGUUCCUUUUACAUAAAUGGUACUUGUCCUCCUCAGAGUGUUAUUCUUUUUAAUAUUAUUAUCAUCAUUGAAGUUGUGUCCUGGUGUGAUGUGAAGGUAGCGGAUGCUUUAUUUUUCUGCCCGACAGGCCUAAUUUAAUAAUCUUGACGAUAUUGAGAGAUCAUUUUUCUUAUCGUGGUGUGAAUAAUGUACAAAUGUUAACGGAGGCGAGCUUGUGAAAACUGAGCCAAUGUGUUGACCAAUCGAGCGUCUGGGUUUGGACAGUCACAUUUAUUUUCUUCAUUUUGUUGGGAGGGGUUCGAUAAUCAAAGCAAAAUUAAAUAAAGCCUCUCCGUCUGUAUCGGACAUUCUGCAUAAUCACAGUAUAGUUUAAUUUUUUUUUUUUAGGUGUUAUAAUUCUAGUGGUUCAAGUCAUGUUCAAGUUUGCUAAUAGCUCUUUUUGCAGUUUACCAUAGUUUUUAUUUUUUUGUCAGAUUUUUUUUUUCAUGCAUAUUUUCUAACGUAAUUCAUUUACUUGCUAACAAGUGUGCUAGGUUGUCCUGUUUGACUUUAGUUGGACCGAACACUAUCCAUUAGUGCUGACCUACGAUGGAAAAUUAAUUUAAUUCAAAUGUCAGAUGUUGUAGGGUUACUACUUAUAUGUUUUGUACAUCAAUUACAUUUGUGUAACUGGGAGAAAGAACAAGAGUCACUUCUCUGUCCAGACCCAGCUGACAGGUUCCUUUGCACGGGGCUAAAAGAUGAAAUAAAAAAAGCAAACAUG